AUGGUUCAAGAUCAGUCUCAAUACGCAGUUCGUGAAGCUCCUUCGACGAAGUCAUGGAAAACCAUUCUCAUUCAAUUCCUCAUUCUAUUUGUUUUCUUCUUUGGAUUGAUCAGUUGUUAUCAUUUAUAUAGGGAGGCUCAGAGACAAGCAGGCCAUUCGAAUGACGUUAACAUUGCUGAGAAAGCCGGUGGCGCGUCUAAUUAUGUGCUAGUCAAGCAUGAUCAUUGGAACUGGAUUGGAAAUUCAGCUGUUGCUGGGUUCUUGAUAUCGGCAGGAGCCCUUACCGGCUAUGCUUGCUGGUACCGUCGGUACCAUUCCUGCAACUUUCAUGGGGAGAUCUGA